AUGGCCACAGAUCGUCCGGGAGCCUUGGGGAAUCAAACCACUCAGCAACAAGAAGAAGAUCAACAGCAAAAGGCACUGACCAAAGAGCUGCGUCGUCUGGAGUUUUCUAUUGUGGAGGAGAUCCCAGGCGUGGGAAGGCAAAAAGUGAGCCUUAGUCCCAAAGACACUGAGUUGAUCAAGCGCUGGCUUCUUCAGAAGGCGACCUGUCCGGUUCAGUUUGUGUGGCGAGAUUUGGGCAAUCGUUACUGGCCACGCUGGAUCCGGCAUGCCGUGUGCAAGGAGGGCACCUCCUGCUCCUGGCCUUCUGGAAUGCGCUCGCCCAUCUUCUAG